UCCGGGGAUGAAAACCCUACCCCGACAUGGGCCACGGGGAUCCCCGUGUGACAACCCUGGCGUUCACCACUUCUUCCAUGGGAGGUGAAGCCAAACAAUGGGUGUUGGCCGAGGCUAACGCCGCGGGGUUUGACGACAUCGCUGAGUGGGCCAAGACAUUGACGCUGAAACAAUUAUUGGCCAAGAUCAAGGACCGCUUUCUCGAUAAGACGACCGUUGAUAAGGCAUUUGACCAAUUAACGUCGAUUGGUCAAAAGCAUUGGACGUCGGUCGAUGCGUUGUCCUGCGAAGUCGAUCGAUUGUUGCAGGUUCCAGGAUUGAACUUGCAAGACAACCAAGUGUUGUAUAUCUACUCUCGCGCGUUGCAUGAACCCAUCCAGGGACACCUGGUUGCCGAAUCGAAGUCAGAUGUGAAAAUUGCACGAUCACGAGUAGAUGCGUUGUUGGACCCCGGAUCGACGAGGUUUUACAUCUCCGAGAAAGCAAUUCGCAAGUUGCAUAUCGAAAUGAAGGAUGGAGUUGUGGUCCUCUCCGAGAUACUCGAGGAUUGUAUCGAUGAGGGUCUCGCCCGUCGCCAACAUAUGUUGGAGCCGGCGCACGCCGCGACGCAUAUCCUUAACCCUCGGAGGUGUUCUCCUCGAUACUACGACGCGAGGGUGAGGAGUGCGGAGUACUUGGAGGUCGUGCAGGAGUGCGACAACUUCUUCCUUGCCCAGACGGGGGGUGAUCGGGUAGACGCUCUCUACUUGCGGGUGCGUGAGCAGAUGGGACUGUUUCACUCACGUAUGGGUCAUUUGACGAUCGACUCUGCGAUGAGGGACGCGGAGGCGCAGGCAUGCGUUGGGGAUGACGAGACACCGAGAUGUGCAUCUUGGUGGCAGGAUCACGGAGGCGCAUACCCCGACCUCCAGGAGAUUGCAGCGCCUCUGCUGCGCAUGUGGACGUCCGCCUCUCCUGCUGAAACAUGCAGUGUCCAUAAUACGUGGUUAGGAGGGGAUCAAUCAAUCAAUCAAUGGGGGGGGGAGAGCGGCGGAGGAGCGAAGGUUGGGGGAGUGGCCUCCGCUUGUCCUCCCACCUCCGCUCCUCCCCCCCCGAUGGAUGGAUGGAUGGAUGGAUGGAUGGAUGGAUGGAUGGAUGGAUGGAUGGAUGGAUGGAUAAAUGGAUGGAUGGAUGGAUGGGUGGAUGGAUGGGAUAUUCCUUCAGUCUUGCGGACGAGGGACUUCAUGGUGGGUGGGGAGGGCACGUCCGGUAGCGGCAUUGGCAGACGCCAGCACGUUCGAUUGGGGGACAUGGCCGACUACUAUCCUGACGACAACCACAUCGAGGAGACACAGGCAAAGCGUGACGCGCGCAUUGACGUGGAGGAGGAGAGGCGUUUGUCUCGGAUGCAAUGGGCAGGGAAACCGACUUAUCUAGCGGAGGUGGAGCGCAUGAGACGGCUAGAGACCAUUGGUGCAGGUGGCGAUCAAAAGAGCGUGGAGGCUGUGCUUGGACAGGAUGCUGCCUUGCAACCUUCGGGAGGUUCAGGCACGAUGGACUCGGAGUCGCAGGUUGUGCGCGACAUUGAACUGCGACUUAUGGCACUCGGAGGUGCGGAGGUGGAGCAGGUAUUCAGUCAUGAGGGCCAUGGUGUUGACGGUCGAGCUGAGGGUUUGGAGGCGGAUGCUGCAGACACAGAGGAGCCACACAGGGUGCCCAUUUACAUUAAGCCCGUCUCGGAUGAGGUUUCUAUUGGAGACAUGACACGAGGCGACAAGGAGGAGUCGGGAGGGCACGAAGUGGAGGGCGAGGCGCGAGCAGAUCGUCACACAUCAGGCUCGGUCUCCGACACGCAGGUGGUAGCGGCAUACGAGGAGAAAAGGGAGGGUGUGGUGGAUCCGUUGCCCAACACCACUACUGGUCGUGACGGAUGUACUGUGGAGCCUCAUUGGCCUUACACUCUGCGCAGCGAUUGUCGUCGCUUUGAGCGUUACCAAGCCAAGGGUUUCCACUAUCGUACACGUGACGAGGACGAGCACAAAGAGAAGGCUACUCGAUUGAGGCCCUCCACGUCGGACUCGGAGUUGUGUAACGAGAGCCGACGAGACCUCAUCCGAAAACGGGAUACCAGGUUUAAACUAGUCGCGAUGCCCGAUACCGCCAAGGAUGACCACGUUUUCAAGCUGUUCAUGGAGAAGUGGCUAAAGAGUGCCCUCAGGAUCACGCCCACGGUGAUGCCCAUCAAGCUCUCCUAUAAUGACAGCCCGUUGAAAGACGGUUCCGACCUUAGCAUCAGCGGCUGGGGCAGCCUUUCUGCUAGUGCUGGAAGCGUCUCCGCCAAUCUACAGGGUGCUACUGUUAAUUACUUGCCCAACGGAUGCGGGAGGUACAAGAAGCCAGAUUACUCGGACUACGUGCCAAGCGUGAUGAUCUGUGCAGGCUGCAACGCGGGUAGGGUUGACACAUGUCAGGGCGACAGCGGCGGUCCUUUGACGACUCUCUCCGUCUCCAAGGGUUGCCCCAUCCUUGCUGGACUCACCAGCUUCGGCGAGGGCUGCGCUCAGGCCGGUUUCCCUGGCGUGUACACGAGAUUGAGCUCCCAAGUGUCCUGGCUGGAGAAACAGGCGGGGAGAGUAUUCCGCAGCCAGUACGCAAUGGCCCCACCGUCUACCUGUGACACGUGUGCAGGCGCUACCAAAGGCAAAUGUGGCCUCGCUCCAGGGUUCGAUGCCAACGCUUGCCAGAUUGAGGGGUACCUUGCGUCCUCCUUUCUAGUCCAACUGAAGACCUGUUCCAAGUCCGCAACAGCCAAGUCUCUACCAAUCGAGGCCCUGUUCAACCCCUCGAGUUUUGGUACGUUCAAGCCCACCGGCUCAGUCUUCUUCCUCAGGUCACGGUCUGAGGGGUCCAGUACUGUCAACCUGGGGGGGGUUAACGUAAAUGUACCCCUUAGCGGCCCCGUGGAGUUCAGAAAUGGCACCUUUUACAAGAGUUACUGGCGUAUGCUCUGGCUGCCUGACGCUGCUGCACCCACUAGGACUUGCAGCAAUUACUACACCUAUGCAGCGGCGUACAUAUCAUCCGACAAGAAGUUCAUUCAAGUGAGCAGCACUGUGCGUUCGACCAGGAGUCCGUGAUGAUCCUGGUUCUCGUCCUCUCGUCCCAGUCGAGGUCCUGGCGGUGACCCUGGUCCACAGCUUGGUCCAGAUUGUCAGCGGACGAGCCAUUCAUUCGAGUGUCACUGAGAGCACCACUUUGCGUCUGACCAGCAGUCCAUGAUGAUCCUGGUCCGUCGAACACGCGUCCUAGUCGAGGUCCUCGCCCUGAUCCUGGUAUAGAGCGGUCGCCAUCCCCUGGUCCCAGUCCAGGUCAUGGCUGAUCCUGGUCCAAAGCGUGGUCUGGGUCGUCAGCGGGCAAGAAGUGCAUUCAAGUGAGAGAGAGAGAUCUACUGUGUGCCGGACCAGGAGCAUGUGUCUUGUCUGACUUUCCUGAGUUCAUACUCAUUUGCGUAAUCUGCACUGGAGUCUACCCGUGCUUUUGUGUAGCUCUGGAUUGUCCAUGUGUUUCAGGGCAUACUCACACUUUUUUUUUUUUUUUUUUUUUUUUACCUGCACCCCCUGCAGUGCUAGUGGCGCUGGUGAGAGCAGACACCACUAGCACCCGGGGAGGGCAUACUCACACUAGUAGGUCCUUUUUACUAAUUUCUGGAUGGAUAUGCAGCCAGAUACAUCCAGGUCCGGCCAUAAUUGGGGUCAGAUACAUACAGAAGAGUGGCAGACUAAGUGUGAGUAUGCCCUCAGCGUGAUGCAUCCUAAGACUAAG